CAUUUCUACGCACAUGCGCACUACACUGAAGGUUGGGAAGUGACUUGUUUGUUCCUCGGUAUUGUUUUUUCUGAAUUUUUUAAUUUGAUCUGGAAUUACGGUUUUAUUGACAAUGUCAGCAGUCGUGCACUUUUUUUUGCCUUUCUUUCUCUGCAUUGCUUUGGCGAAUACUGACAUUUUUGACAAUGUGCUGGUGGACAUGUCCUAUGAUCACUACGCCGAGCAGAGAGUGGAUCAGCUCCCUGCUUUUCUGGCCAUGCCAUUUAACUGUCUCGUGAACGUGGGUUAUAUAAUUGUUGGUGUUUACUGGCUGACCAGGAGGAUGAAGGAUCCUCUCACCGAUUACGCGAAGGACGUGUUUGCUCUUAUGGCCCUCGCAUACGGACCGAUCCAGUGGACGCGCCUAGCGACGCUGCGCCGCGCUCCAUGCGUCCUGGACCAGUGGAUCACGCUGCCCAUCUUCGCCUGGGUGCCGGUGUGGUGUCGGUACAUUACGCACGGCUGGUCCACGCGUUAUGCAGUGAUUGUGGAGGUUAGCUCUGUAAUGAGCUACUUCCUGGCGCUGCUGCACGACCGCGGCUUUGAUUUCGCCCUCGGAGUUCACAUCGCCGCUGCGCUGCUGCAAGGCGCCGCGUCUCAGCGCUCCUUUGGAGACCAGGUGUCUUUGCGCUACUUAAUUCUCGCAGCUCUCUCCUGUGUCGGGUUCGUGCUUUUAAAAAUCUUGGACUACGAACUGGCCAAAUUCUGGCUUUUUCAAAAGCUCACUGGACACUUCUGGUCCAAAGUCUGCGACAUUCUACAAUUCCACUACAGUUUUUGUUUUCUUACGCACCUGACGCAAAUUGCGCACAAACGAACGUCAUAAAUGAGUGACGUUUACUGCAUACUAAUGUAUUCAAUAGUAAAAAUCAAUCCGUUUCUUAACUGACAUAAUAGCUGUAAUGUGCACUGUUUUUUUUUUACCCUUUUUGUUCUAUAUAGAUGUUAUAUUUUAUAAAGAAAUAUUGUUAUAUGUUACAAUAUGUUAUACAGCAUUAAAUGACGAAAAGAAAAAUGUUAUAAAUGACCUAAAGUCGUUGAAAUAAUGAAAGUGAUAAUACAGACAUAAAGAAGGGCAUUCAUAAAACUUGAAUAAGACACAGUAAUACGUUAUUUUUAUUUUCAUUAUUUAUUGAUAAAUUAAAAUUCUAUGAAAAUCUUUUUCUGCUAUUUUAAUUUUAUAGCAGCAAAUGACUGAAAUAUACAACACACAAAAACAAAGUACUGCAUCUCAAAUGUUUUGUGGGUUAAAUGAAUGUUCGCUUUGUAUAUAUGUCUCUCUGUGCAGAUGGUGUCCAUUAAAACCACUAUUAAAAUCAA